UCGUGACGACACAAAUGAACAAGUAUUCAUCCUUGACAGUUCAGCGGUACUGUUUACAAACAAGCUUAAACAAAAAUCGAAGAGCACAUCUAAAACAAUCAUCUUUACACUUUGCAACUAGUCACAUUUAUUUAAUAAAUAUCAAAAACGAACCGUAUUCAAUCGUGAACAACUGUUUUAAAACUUCAUUUAGGCGAUACAGACCGUAAAUGGUCUGAUCCAAUUUGUCAAUAAACAAACAAAAGAAAUUUCUGUUUACAAACAGUACUGCUGGACUGUCAAAAAGUGUUCAUCCGAUUGAGGUUAGCAGUGACGGUAAAAAACCUAAUAAGAGUGAGACGAAGAAAAAGAAGAUCCUUGAUCUUGUUUUGAUUGGCGCUGUAUCAUCUCGCCUAAUUUUUUUUUGAAAUUACUUAUGACGAAUUACUGUAUCUAGGAUAGGUUUUUUUAGACAAAUCGAAUGUAAAGUGUCCAAUGCGUUUUGUUCAGUAAAUUUGAUUAAAAUGCUCGUAAUAUUGAUUACGAUCUUACUUUACAAAAAUAUUGACGGACAGAAUAUCAAAUAUUCUCGUACCACUUCCCAGUUGAUGUCCAACGCAAUCAAUAACAAUGGCGACGAUUCAUUUUACGGCAGUUUAAGUCGUUAUAAUCAAAUCAGCAAAUUUAUAUCCAUACAAGAAGGAACUUACUGUCCAGAAUAUUGGGUGGCAUACAAAACAUCUUGUAUCCGUAUACAUAAGUCUCCACGUAAAGCAUACAUCAAUGCGCAAAAGAUUUGUCAAGCAUAUCAAGGCGAUUUGCUUAAUGUUGACAAUAUAGAAAAGCAUUCUUUUAUUCUAAAGUUACUUGAUAAUGAGAAUAACAAGUAUAAUCGUUUUUAUAUAUCUGCCCGGCAAGUAUCCCCAGGGAAUUGGCUUAAUUCCGACAAGACGUCGUUAGUAGCUAUAGAAAAUUCAUUUAGCUACAAUGAAGAAAACGAAAAUAUGUAUCAUAUUCCUAAUGUUAAAGCUACGCAGUCGACGUUGAAUUCUCGUGAAAGUGCAAUUUAUAAUAGUCGUAGUAACUUAGCAUAUGUAUUUGAUUUUAACGCUGAGAAAUGGCAGUUUCUACCUGUGGAUCCGCAAGAUUUAAAUUUAUUUAUAUGUGAAUCUCAAAAAAUUUACAGUGCGGAAAAUUUCAACGUCUUAGAAGAUGAUAAGCGUGGCUAUGAUUAUGGUGUUGAUAUAGCAGAUAUAAACAAAAUUCCAAGAGGUCCCUACUUCAGAAAACAACCUCGUGAAACUACGUAUGACACUGGUAAAAUGAAAAUAACCAAAGACGUGACGUUAAAAUGUUUGGCAGGAGGGUAUCCCACUCCAACAUAUACAUGGUAUAAAGAACUUUUUCUAAAUGAUAAGGUGUCUGUUACAAAAAUCGAUCCUCUGAAAAAUUCUCGUUAUACCAUAAGUGGUGGAAACCUGAUUAUACACGAUCCACAGCAAAUACAAGAUCAAGGUUCUUACCAUUGUGUUGCUGAAAAUAUAUUUGGACGCAUACUUUCCGAAAGCAUCGAACUGAAUUUUGGAUAUAUACUUGAGUUCAAUCUCCAGAGGUCAUCAGAAACCGGUGAAAUGAAUUGGGGUAAAUCGUUAUACUGUGAUCCACCACAACAUUAUCCAGAUGUACGUUAUUACUGGUCAAGGGAUUUUUUCCCAAAUUUUGUCGAAGAAGAUCAACGAGUUUUUGUAAGUUAUGAUGGGUCAUUAUAUUUUUCAUCUCUUGAAAUAAAAGAUCGAGCUAAUUACUCAUGUAAUGUCCAAAGCACCGUCAGCGACACAGGUAGAAAUGGACCUUUCUUCAAUUUACAAGUUGUUUCUCAUCCUCACUAUCAAGAUUUGAUAUUUGCCAAUAACUUUCCAAAGGUAUUUCCCGAAGCUCCAGUUGCCGGCAAAGAUAUUCGAAUAGAAUGCAUGGCUUUCGGUUAUCCUGUACCAUCCUACAAUUGGACAAGAAAAAACGGGAAUCUUCCUCGCUAUUCACGUCAGGAAAGUUUUAAUAGAGUACUGGUUAUAACAAAUAUUACUGUAAAUGAUAAUGGAGAAUAUAUAUGUACAAUAAAUAACAAUAAAAAGUCAUUAUCAAGAAGUGUGUUUAUUAACGUUCAAAUGGAACCAAAUUUCUCUAUACCACUGAGAGACAAAGUUAAGGACUAUCUUAGCUCAGUAACGUUUUUAUGUGAGGUAUCUGCUAUACCAGACGUGAAUUAUACGUGGUAUAAAAAUGCUGAACUUUUGAGUACUGAGGAUAUGAAAUAUAAUAAAGACAAAUAUGUAAUUCAGGACAACAUACUAAAAAUAAAUUUUUUAAAUCCGGCUGAAGAUGAUGGAAUGUAUCAAUGUAAAGCAACUAAUCAACUAAAAGGUGUCUAUUCAUCGGCACAACUGCGGGUGUUAUCCAUGAAACCUUCGUUCAAAAAAAACCCUCUGGAAUCCGAAAUUUAUUCCAUAUACAACGGUAAUACUAGUAUUGCAUGUGACCCUGAAGCUGCGCCAAGACCAAAAAUAGUGUGGAAAAAGAAUGAUAACAUAAUAGAAAGUGGUGGUCACCGAAGGAUUCUGCCUUCUGGAACAUUAUAUAUAUCUCCUACAUCUCGAGAUGACGAAGGAUUAUAUACCUGUAUUGCUAGUAAUUCCCAAGGCGUGGCAGAUUCUAAAGCUCGAUUGAUUGUGCUACAAGAGCUCCGAUUUUUGGAACAACUUCCAAUAAAAUUAAUCAAACAGGUCAACGAAAUGUUAUAUUUAAGAUGCGAAGUUAGCUAUGAUGAAAUUCUCGAAAUUGCAUUUUUUUGGGCACACAAUGGACGUAUAAUAAAUGUAUCAAAUAACGAACAUGUUUCUUCCAAAUAUUUCAUCAACCACAAUAGUCUAGAAAUACAUAAUUUGACUCAACUGGAUGCCGGAGAAUAUAAAUGCAUUGCUAAAUCUGCAGUAAAUGAAAUAGUUUCAAAAACAAAUGUAGUCAUACAAGGUCCUCCAGGAGCGCCAGGAGCGUUAAAAGUUAUAGACAUUAAAAAAACUGAUGCUGUUUUAGAAUGGAUUGAUGGAACAAAUAAUGGUAGACCAAUACAAUUUUACAAUAUCCUUGGUAGAACGAAUUGGAACAGAACCUGGGCUAAUUUAUCAGAAAACGUGGUCGCUCAAGAUGUGGAUCGUUAUAACGGUAGAAAACGUGCUGGAGUAAGUUAUCUGAAACCGGGAUGCGGAUAUGAGUUUAGCGUGGUGGCGAUUAACGACCUUGGUGCUAGUGUACAAAGUCUUCCAUCACCCGUAUACAAUACUCAGAAGGACAAACCAUAUGUUGCUCCACGAAAUAUUGGUGGAGGUGGUGGGAAAAUUGGUGAUCUUUCAAUUACUUGGGAUCCACUGCGUCCUGAUGAGCAGAAUAGCAUUGAAAUACACUACAAAGUUUAUUAUCGUCAAUUAGGGCAACGUGAGUGGGCAUCAAAAUUGUUGAAACAACAAGGAAAUGUGGGAAAAGCAGUUGUUCACAUUCCAUUUGACAAAUAUUUUACACAAUAUGAGGUAAAAAUUCAGGCCAUCAAUGAUCUUGGAGAAGGACCUAUGAGUAGCAUAGCGGUUAUAUAUUCAGCUGAAGAUAUGCCACAAGUAGCUCCUCAACAGACGAUUGCUAAAAGUUAUAACUCUACUGCUCUGAACGUUACUUGGGUUCCUGUUUCACAGAGUAGGGAAUCAAUAAGAGGAAAGCUAAUUGGACACAGGCUUAAAUAUUGGAAAAAGGAACAUAAAGAGGAGGAUGCCGUGUACUAUUUAUCCAGAACAAUACGUCCUUGGUCACUGAUUGUUGGACUUGCUCCUGAUACGUAUUAUUUUGUGAAGGUGAUGGCCUACAACGCGGCUGGAGAAGGCCCCGAAAGUGAACGUUAUCUGGAGAGAACCUACCGACAUGCACCACAGCGACCACCAUCUUCAGUAAAUAUAUUUGGAAUAAACCCGUCCACAAUUCGUGUAAUAUGGCGAUACGUAGCUCCAUCUCAAGAUGAAGAACCCGUUCAAGGAUAUAAAAUAAGAAUUUGGGAGACAGAUCAAGACAUGGCAACAGCAAACGAUACAACUGUGUAUAUAGGAAACAAGCUCGAAAAAUAUAUUAGUAAUUUAACACCAGGAAAGUCGUAUAAUCUUCGCGUUUUGGCAUUUAGUAAUGGAGGAGACGGCAGAAUGUCAAGCCCACCUAUAAAAUUUCAGAUGGGUAUCACUCAAUCGCCUUCCAAUGGAAACAUUCGAAAGAUGACACCAUUCGUAACAACUGGAGCAUCUCUUUUGAUCAUCAUGUGCCUUAAACUAGUUUUAUUAAAAAACUGAAGACUUCAAAGAACUACUCCGUCCAUCACAUACUGAAAAAAUCGACGAUACAAUGAACAUAUUUCUAUAAAAAUAAACAAAUGGGAGUGUGAUGCGAAAUAAAUUUUUUAUGUAUUUGAAA